GUCAUGUGACUUUAACCCCUCCACUACUGGACAUCACUUGUGUAGUUUUAUUUGGCUGACACCAGACGAUUUUAUUCAGCACAGAGAGUCACUUUGUACCCAAGGGGUGGGGCUAAGCCUAUGGUCAAGUGAUGUUGACACGUGGAACAUUUGUUAUAUACAGGUGAAGUUGACCACUAUGAUAUAGAGGAGCCUGAUUUUCAAGUACAAGCUCGGUCUAGAUUGGAAGCUCUUUCAUCAUGUUUUGCACAACUUGCUCACAAGGCACAGACAAUUUUCCAGACUAAUGCUAAACUGGAGGCCGAGUUGGUACAUCUUCGACAUGAAUGUGCUGAGGGUCGAGCCUUCCGUCAGGUGGCUGAGGCAGAAAACAGAGAGCUUUUGAUGAAACUUCACUCCAGCCAAUUGAAGUUACAUUCUACAGGUGGAGCUGCUCACACACAAGACUCAGAGAAGAUCAGAGAGCGACUGGAUGAAUGUGAAAAAGACUUGGAGCAACAGAGAUCGGAGAACCUGAAAGUUAUGAUAGGAACACAUGAGUCUUCCAUAUUGAGGAAAGAGAAUGAUUCUCUGCGGCGGUAUAUCCUAGGGCUCCAGGGUGAGCUGUUUGGAGCCAAACUUGCAGCGAAGUACUUGGAUAAGGAGCUAGCUGGGAGGAUUCAACAGAUUCAGCUACUGGGUAGAGACUUGCGAGGAGAAGAACAUGACAAACUGUGGCGCCAACUUGAGGCUGAGAUCCACCUACAUCGGCACAAGACAGUAGUGCGUGCAUGUCGAAGUCGUUUUACACAUGGAGCACAGGUUCCUGGAGAUGGAAGAAGUGAUGGAAGCGCUUGUGUGGUGAAUGGGGGUGGAAUGUCACGACCUAGCAAACAGCAGCAGCGGAGGAUUGUAACAUUACAGAAGGCUCCACAUGAGGGUCUUGGUAUGUCCAUUACAGGAGGACGAGAGCAUGGCGUGCCGAUCCUCAUCUCAGUCCUUCACCCUGAUACACCUGCUGGCCGUUCAGGACACCUGUAUGUUGGAGAUGCCAUACUAUCUGUCAAUGAUAUUUCCUUGAAGGAGGUUAAUCAUGUAGAUGCUGUACAACUAUUGUCAUCACAGGAGGGAACAAUCAGGUUGGAAGUGGUGUAUGUAUCGCCAGAAGAUGAUGAUGAUGACACAUCACUUGUAGAAGAUCCAUAUGGCUUCAAAUACAGAAUAUAUGAUGAAGAUGUAAUCAGCCUCACUAGUAGUCAAUUGAUGCCCAAUGGUCGCCUCUCUAGAGCCUCAGUUGAAAGUGUGAGAGGAUCUACAGACAAUAUGCUUCUUGAUUCUCCAAGGAGACGUGUGGAUGUUGACAUAAUUGAUGAAAAUGGAGAAGUUUCCACAAGUAAUGGUGCUGGUGAUACACACACAUCAAGUAAUGGAAUGGAUGAUUUGACCCCCAGUAUUGGCAUAAUGGAUGAUGCAGUGUCACAUGAAAGUCUCAAUGGAGCAGCUGCCCAUCUUGAAUUUCAUAGUGAUGUGACAGGAAGUGAAGAUGAGGGAGGUGCAUUAAUUAACAACAGGACCCAACAAACAGCUUCCACUUAUGUAGAAGCACAUGAGAUCACGCCACCCAAGUCCACAGCAAAUGAUGCAGGUUUAACCACACAAGAGUCAAGCAAAGAACACACAGGACAAAUGCUUUCUUUACUCAACCCACAAGAUUUAGAAGACAACAGUUUUAAGGAAACACAAGACUCUGUCACAGAAUCUUCUCUUAGCUCUCCCUCUUUGGAUGACAAUGAGGAGGAUCAACAUGAAGGCUGCCGUACGCCACUACAAGACAUCGAGUACAAGCUCAACGCUAAUUUCUCCAUUGAAGAAGGAAAGAACAAGCCUGAUGUAGAUGCAGAUGUGGCUGAACCUUCAUCAGGAAGUGAUGUGUUUAAUGGUAGUUACUAAGACCACAAAAUCAGGCUGGGGCAGCUCCUGUACAGAGAUACCUGAAGAAUCAAUUCCUUAGAGGUUUGUUUUUCCAAAGUACCAGGAUCACAUCCUUUUUGUUUAUUUUGCAUUGAUUGAAAUAUUCUGCAGAUACGUAGGGUUCAGAAAAGGAAUAGGAUGUGUAAAUCAAAAGUUGUUUAAGAAGCAUGAGAAAAAAGUCUCUGGAAAAGGGAAAGAAUUUGUUUGUUAGCAUUUAUAAAUCUGGAAAAAGUAUGCCUGGUGUAAUUGGAAAUUGCUGAAUGGAGAGUGAAGCAUAUACAGUAUUCAUUUGUAAGGAAGAAUGAAACAGGUUCCUAGUAAGAUUAUGUCAGUGAUGUCACCAUGGUUAUUCAACACUCAUAGAUGGGGUGGUAAUAGGGGUGAAAGCAAGAGUAAUGGAGAGGGUUGAAUGUUUGGUAGAUAAUGAUAUUGGAUGCAAAUGAGAGAGGGGUCUGCUGCUAUUUACUUAUGACACUGCUCUAAUGGGCAUAUCAGAAUAAAAAUUACUAAAUGUUUAUGAAUGAGUCUGGGAGUACAUUAUAUUUAUGUACCUUAGGAAAUUGUUUUAAAUGUGAACAAAAGGAAAGUGAUGGAAUUAAGUAGAGAAGGGAGACAAAAAAAUUAACGUUAGUUUGAUUGGAGACGUGAGGUGUUGCAGGUGUCUAAACCAGUUAUAUCAGCAAAAUGAAGUGAUAGAUUAAUUAAAUCUGUAGUAGAGGGAAAGAAAUUAAUAAUUCAAUGAAUGGUGUGGAGAGAGAGAGAGAGAAAAUUGUUAAAGGUAGCCAAAAAUUGGAGUGGGAGGGACAUCAUUAAGCCUACAUUAGUGUUUGGGUGUUUAGUAUGGAUUCUGCAUAGAAGAAGAAGUAAGUUGGAAGAGGCAAAAACAACAUACUUGAGAUCAAAACGUGUAUGUUGGGUGAAUACGAGGUAGAAAAAAGGAAAGUAAAAAUGAAGGGAUGGGAAAGUGAAAGAAGUAUCACAGACAGCUGACCAGUAUUUGAUUAAGAUUUAUAGAGAAUGGGAUGUGAAAGUUUGUUCAGAAAGGGUGUAUAAUAGAGUUAGGUGGUAGGAGGGAUAAAGGAAGGAGAUAGGAGGAUGGGUUGAAGGACAUGCUUUAAUAUGCAUGGUUGUGUGAAGUGACAGAAAUUAACCAAAUUGAUGUUUGUGGCUUUCUCAUGUACAGUAAUUAGAAACGUAACAGAAUAUAGACCUUCUUGUGGUGAGGAAACACCAUUGUAGAACAUAUCUGUUGUAACAGUUAAAAAUGAACGGGUGAUAGUAAGUGAAGGGAAAGUCUGCAUUUGUCCCUGAAUAUAACCACUUGUACUUUAGCAUGAGAAGGCAAGAAGAACUGUGUUUUGUUUUGUUUUGUUUUUAAGUAGCCUUCAGUAUGCCAGGUAAUUGUUCAUUUUGAUUUCUUGCUGAUAUUUGGCUUGAAGUAUAUAUUCUAGCUUAUUUUACUGGAAAAUUAAACGGUACAUUAUUUCCUGAUAUAUAAAUUGACACAACAGUACAGUUACAUGAAAAGUAUACUGAUGAAACAUUGCAGGGCUUAGUGGUUUGGGCUCCUUACAUCUCUCCAUUCAUCUUCUUUUUCUUUUUUUUAUUCAGCAUUAACCCUUAGGCCCCGGGUGACGUUCCAGAACCUUCGCCUAUUUUCCCGCCAUUUUUUAUUUUUAAUUUUUUUAUUUUAUUUUUAUUUUUUAUUUUUUGAAAAGUUGAUUUUUUCUCGAUUUAUCCCCGUGGGGGUGAGUUCUGCCAGCAGCACCCUAACCCGGGGCUUAAGGGUUAACUAAUUUAAAUCAUACACAAAUAUUUUGAUAUAAUUUUUGUAUGUAGAUGAGAUGCCCUAGUUUCCACAUACAAGUCAUUUUGUUUUGUGAUGUACCUGUACAAUAUUCCAAAAUGGGUGGUUGGUGUCAUUUCUUAAUUAGGGCCCAGUUCAGUGGGGUCAAGUGAUAAUAAUUUGCUUAAAAAUCACUUAUGGUGCAGUGAUUACAAUGAUGUAAACUCCCAAGAAGCCAAAUGAGUGUGACAAGGUCUAGGUUAUUAAUGUGUAUCUUGAGUUUCCAUAAUGUUAUUCUCAUUCAUGUAGUAUAUAUUAUUAUUAUGUAUGAUAGAGAGAGUAUAACUGCAGUACUAACGAGAAACAAAUACUCACUGAGGAAUUAUGCAGUGAAGUAGAAGAAUUCACGGACUACGUAAUACAAAAUGCUCAUACACUUUAGUUGCCUUGGGUGAACCGCUGUUAAACAUGAAGCAAGGAGGCUUCAUGUUGCCAGUUGUAUGACCAACUAAGUGCAUGAUGCAAUCAAACACCACAUAAUGAAACCAAUUUACAGUUUAUAAGUAUUAAUGCAUAUAAGACCCCAAAGCAUAAAAGGGAAUAACCUCCAGUCCUUCAUUAUUCUGUAUUUUAUAUACACCAGAAGUGAGCAAAAAUUGCUGUAAUAAACACUGAGAAUAAUACAUAGCAUCUCAUAAAGUAGCACAUAUAUUGUAUACAAAAAAUAGUUCUUUCCAAGGCACCACUGAGUUGGUAAUAAAAAUAUUCGUGCCUAAUUCAAUUAUUGGGCAGUAACCAAACUCAUAAUUUUAGCAUAAAAAAAGCCUCUUAAUUGAUAAAACCAGGAUCAAUAUUUUUUGUGAUACUGUACUGUACUGUACACCACGGUUAAUAUUUUGCCUUGUUUCAUACUCUUGUUGUACCCUUGAAUAUUAAUACAGGUACUGUGAAGUCGUGAUAAUUUCCAAAAUGCAAAUUCACAUUUUUAAAUUUGUGGCUACCUCUAUUACUACCUCUUUUUUUUUUUUUUUUUUUUUUUUUUUACUGUCAAAUUGUCAUUAUUUGCAUCUGAGUACCAGCUGCUGCAGAAACCAUAAAAUUUUGGAAAUGUCAUUUCAAUGCUCUAAUGUGAAUUAGGAAUAAAGAAAAGAAAAUAUAAAUAUCAUUUCAAUGCUCCACUCUCGAGUGCUCUCACUCUGCCGCUCUUUUAAUACAACAUUAUGCAAUUUCCCAUAUUAUUAAGGGUCAUUUGGUACCGGGAAAUGAAGCUUCGUAUACCCCAAAAAAUUUUCCCCAUAAAAAUCCUGCACUCAACCCCAGAGGAGUUAUUAUGUGGUAUUAAAUUCUGAUGCUUUAAUUACAUAGCUGACUGCCUGUCUCAAAUUUGGUGUACUGGCAUAACCCAGAGGAUGAUUAUGAGAAGGGAAGGAGCUGUUUAUGCAUUGUACUGUAGAAGUACUUUUUGUACAAAAUCUGUGUGUUACUGUAUUUUUUAUGUACAGUGUAUUGUAUUACAUACAAUAAUGUUUAUUAAAGCAGUUUUGAAACAG